AUGGCGAGUCAGUCGCGGCUGCAGCUUGGAAUUGAGCUUAAGGCUCAAGAAAAGCAAUUUGCUCUGCAAUGGCGAUCCCACGCGCCUCCUUGGCCAUUUGCCCCAAAACCAACCUACACUCCACCCACCAAGCCAUACGUCCCAGAGAUUCUUAAAGCCGUUGAUGGCAUCAUCCUCUGCAAAAACGGUUACGAAACCUACCCAAUUCAAGGAGCAAAGGCAAAGAUUGUGUGCUCCGAGCCAGGUUCAUACGGGAAGAGCAACAAGGAGGUUGUGAUUUACAGCGAUCCAACUGACUCUAAGGGAUACUUCCACGUGGCUUUGAUCCACAUCACCGACCUAUUUCACUGUCGUGUCAAGCUCUACACAUCUCCGGUCGAGACUUGCAAGAACCCGACCAAUGUCAACAAGGGUCUCACCGGAGUUCCGUUGUCGAUGUACGGAUACCGUUACUACUCUGACAAGAACUUGAAGCUCUUUAGCGUCGGACCUUUCUACUUCACCGGUCCCAAGGCUGCUCCCACCACUCCCAAAUACUGA